CUUCUUCUUUGUUGUCUUUUUGGGUUUAUAUUUCAGAUUUAUAUUUUUGUUAUCGGUUUUCCGACUGCGUGCAUGUUUUCAUGCCUACGCUUCUGCAUCGGGUCAUUGCCUUGAAGGGAUGUGGAAUUGGGUUUUCUAGGUUUAUCUACGGAUUUUCGAUUGGGGAUUUAAAUUAGGGUUCGCACCCGUUCUGGCGCUGAAAAGUCUAGUCGGCUGGUUUCUCCCAUGUGUGUGUAUUUGUUUAGCCGUGGAGAACCUGGAUGAUAAUAUGGGCGAUUGAUGUGGUCGAUGAUUUUCGAUUAUCUGGUUAUUGUGCUUCCCUGCAAAAUUUUGUUGUCUUAGAAGAUUUGAGCCUGCCUUCUUCUUUGUGGCUGCUAGCCCUCAAAGUCUGGUUGGUUAUGAAAUGCCAUUGAGAUUUUAAUCCUGCGAAUUAAAAGAGCUUGUUGAGGGUUAUUGCCACAUAUGUCUGUUGAGGCUUGUGAUAAACAAACACAGAUGGAUGAUAUGGACGAGGAUGAAGCGCCUUUAGUUUUUAAAAGAAGUAGCUCUUCUGCAAGGCAAAGCCAAUUAGGUUCAGAAACUAAUAAGCCUGCACCUCAGCAGCAUGGUAGGCAAUUAGUGAGGCCAGCGUCUGCUGCACGAGCUCCGAAUGGUUUAAGCACCAAUGCUGAAAAGGGUAAGUCAAUCCAUUCAUCCAAGACCUCACCUGUUAAGUCUCCUCUCACCAGUCCAAAAUCCAAUUCCUCUGCCAAGGCAAUUCCAAUAAAGUCUUCUGAGUUGAAUUCAAAACCAUCCACAUCUGUGGCAGGUGGGUUGAAAUCUGUUAAGGAGCCGAUUAGAAAGGAGAAGACAUUAGUGGAGAGAACCAGUGGACUGAGGAAGGAAUUGGAUGAUUCUGAUGAUGAUAGACCUCUUAGUGCACGGCUUUCUGCUGGGGCUCCAAAGGUCAAUUCUAACCAUGGCACCAAUGGACUGAAUGCUUCACCUUUGAAGCAAGAGUCUGAUGUUCCCAAGUCUGAAGAUUCAGAUGAUGAAUUGCCGCUGUCAUCUAAAUUUCAAGUUAAAUCUAAUUCUGGGGUUUCAACAAGUGGCAGAGCCUUGAAAUCUGAAGAUAAGAAGCCCUUGCUGACAAAGUCUGACCAAAAUGGCUCAGUCUUGGCUGAAAAGAAAGUGCUAAGUAAUGUAAAGAAGAGACUUUCAGAUGGUGUGGCGCCUGCCGGUCAUUCUUUUGUAAAAAAAGUUAAGCUUGCAGAUACACCUUCAUCUACUAAAAUUAAGGAAGCAUCUGCCAAAGCAGAAGUAAAGGCUGAGGAUGAGGAUGAUGAUCUACCCAUAUCACACAGAGUGAAGAAGCCUGUAACUUCUGAGAAAAAACCAUCAUCUUCCAAAAUUGUGUCCAAACCUUCAUCUUCUAGUGUGAAAAAGUCAAACCAGGUGACAAAAAAGAUUGUCAAAGAUAAUAACUAUUCUAAAUCACUAAAAGUUCCUCCUGGCUCUGGCGAAGGCCAGAAGUGGACCACUUUGACACACAACGGUGUUGUGUUCCCUCCACCCUACAAGCCUCAUGGAGUGAAGUUGCUCUACAAGGGCAAGCCGGUUGACUUAACCCCAAACCAAGAAGAGGUUGCAACAAUGUAUGCUGUGAUGCUAGAUACUGACUAUGUGAAGAAGCCUCAGUUCAAUGAAAACUUCUGGACUGACUGGAAGAAUCUAUUGGGGAAAAAUCACACCAUCCAGAGCUUGGAACAUUGUGAUUUUACUCCAAUAUAUGAAUGGCAUCAAAGAGAGAAGGAGAAGAAAAAAAGCAUGAGCACAGAAGAGAAGAAGGCUUUAAAAGAGGACAAAUUGAAGCAGGAGGAAAAAUAUAUGUGGGCCAUUGUUGAUGGUGUGAAAGAGAAGGUUGGAAACUUCAGAGUUGAACCCCCUGGACUGUUCCGUGGCCGUGGUGAGCAUCCAAAGAUGGGAAAGCUGAAAAGACGAAUUCAUCCAAGUGACAUCGUUAUCAAUAUUGGCAAGGAUGCUCCAGUUCCGGAGUGUCCUAUAGCCGGUGAAAGGUGGAAAGAUAUAAGGCAUGACAAUACAGUCACAUGGUUGGCAUAUUGGAACGAUCCAAUCAAUCAAAAGGAAUUCAAAUAUGUGUUCUUAGCUGCAAGUAGCACCUUAAAAGGACAAAGUGACAAGGAGAAAUAUGAGAAAGCUAGGCUCCUGAAGGACUAUAUACAUGGCAUCCGAACAACCUAUACCAAGAAUUUUGUGAGUAAGGAUCCUACAAAGAAACAGAUUGCAGUUGCAACCUAUCUAAUUGACAAACUUGCCCUUAGGGCAGGCAAUGAGAAGGAUGAUGAUGAAGCUGAUACUGUUGGUUGCUGCACAUUGAAAGUGGAAAAUGUAGAACCAGUGCCUCCAAAUAUCUUGAAGUUUGAUUUCCUUGGUAAAGAUUCUAUAAGGUAUCAAAAUCAAGUUGAGGUUGAGAUUCCUGUGUUCAAGGCAAUCCAACAAUUUCGAAGUGGGAAGAAGGGUGGUGACGAUCUCUUUGACGAGAUUGACACUAGUAAACUGAAUGCCCAUUUAAAGGAGCUCAUGCCCGGUCUUACAGCUAAAGUUUUCCGUACAUACAAUGCAUCUAUUACUUUGGAUGACAUGUUGAAUAAGGAGACUAAAGGUGGAGACGUAGCUGAGAAAAUUGUUGUAUAUCAACAUGCGAACAAGCAGGUUGCUAUUAUCUGUAAUCAUCAACGCACCGUGUCUAAGUCUCACGAUGCCCAGAUGUCACGCUUGAAUGAAAAGAUAGAAGAGUUAAAGGGUGUUAUGGAAGAACUUAAGACUGAUUUAACUAGGGUGAAAAAAGGGAAGCCCCCACUCAAGUCUUCUGAUGGGAGUCGAAAGAGGAGUAUGAGCGCAGAGACAUUAGAGAGGAAGAUAGCUCAAACCACUGCUAAAAUUGAAAAGAUGGAACGAGACAAGGAGACAAAGGAGGAUUUGAAAACUGUAGCACUUGGAACAUCAAGGAUCAACUAUCUCGAUCCCAGAAUCACUGUCGCGUGGUGCAAACGCCAUGAAGUUCCUAUAGAGAAGAUUUUCAACAAGUCUCUGCUGGCGAAAUUUUCUUGGGCAAUGGAUGUCGACCCCAGUUUCAGAUUCUAGUUCUUGUCCAGGAAAGAAAGAACGGAACAUACAUCAGUGAAGAAGCUGAACCAGUUCAUCUAACGGUAUCUUCUGACAAACUUCAUUUGCUUAUUAAUGUGGAAUAUGUUGUCGAAACAAAUUAUCUCGAUGAAAAAUUGAGGACAACUUAGCCCCCAUCUUUGAUGCCCCCCGGCCAAAACUGUGAAACUGUAGUUGGUGGUAUGAUAUGCUGACCGAGGAAAUUGUGUUAUGGAUGGUUAGUAGUGAGAAUGAGGGCAAUAAAGAGACAAAAACAAAGAAGAGGAAUUUGUGUUUAUUUGGUUAUUAGCUGUUAGAACCACAAUGAAUGGAAAAAAUCUGUUUGUUUGUACGUUUGUUAGUUUGUUUGUUUGUAUUGGAAUUCAGCUCCAUUUUAUCUUCA